AUGUUCAAUGAUGUGCCACAGCUAAGAUCAGUGAUCAUUGAUAUGUUGGAGGCCAUCACAUUUGUAACGACAUGUACUCAUCAUGAUCGUUUCAGAAUCAUCAAUGUUGUACAACUGGCAACAUUGCCUGGAUUGAAGAUCACUCCUUAUGACAUUACAUCAUCAUUAUUGGCUAUUGCAACGACAAACUAUGAGUGGGCAAUGCGACGCCUAUCAUUCCUCUUCACUCCUGCAUUCAUCAACGCAAUCAUUGAGGCGUAUGGAUCUGAUAAACCCAAGGUCGAGUCAUUGAUCGAUCAAUAUUCAAACCUUUUGAUCACUCUCUUUGUUGAUGAUAAGAACAAUUAUAAGAGAUAUCAAUCAGAUUUGAUCAAUGCUUACCAUAGUGUGUCAUCGACAUUUGGACACUCGCGAUUGGAAGAGAGGAUCGAUCGAUGGUUCAUCACAACACAGUGUAUAUCACCUUCACGUGACUCUGCGGCAAGGCUAUUCUAUUUGGCAGUGAUACACGACAAGACUCAAUCAAAGUUGCUUAUCAAUCACAAACAUCUCAUUCAAUCAUUCAUCAUUGCAACUCUUGGUGACAAAAUAUACGCUCAAUUACACCGGCUGGAUGGUGUAGAUGUAGUCAGAUCGCUAAGAGAUGUGUUGGACAUUGUGAUGGAGGUGAACAAUGAUGAUAUACAACAACAGGUAUCAACACUCUUGGAGAACGGCAAUUGCCUCAGUCUGAUCCUCACAUUCCAGGUGUUCCUAACACAUCUCCGAUCAAUCGAACCAUACUUUGCCACUUACAUCCGACGAUCACUUCCAAAAGAAGACACCAACACAAUGAUCAAACGAAUGGGAUCUUCGUUCAUCAAGAUCUUUGAGGAUGAUUAUGAAACACGUAGUUGGAUUUUAACAAGAUUCAGGAAUCACUCUGAUAUUCAAACAUUGUUUAUGUUGGAUGGGAUCACAAGCUGUUACAAGACGUCUGGUCAAGAGAUAUCGCAAUCACUGAUCAAAUAUCUAAAUAUAAUUUAUAACUUUGACAAUGCCACUGUGUACUACCACUACAUAUCCAUACAAUCAUACAAUGAUAUGAUUGCUCGAGGCAUGAUCAGAGUGUUUGAAGCCACGGGCAACAUCAAGAACCUCCACCUUGGCAUGUCAUACCUCAUCAGUCACAAAGGUGACAAUCAACAACAACAUGACGACUGUGAUAUUGAUAUUGAUUCAAUCAUCGACAAACAUCAAUCAGUAAUCCAAACUGAAUUGAACUAUUUCCUUCGGUGCCACAAUGAGUUGGUGGCAAACUUUGAUCUGAUCACCAAGUUCCAGCAACGAUCAAUGAUUGACAGUGUUCAUGUAGUGGAUAUCCUUGGCAUCAUGGCACGUUCAUCAUUGUCAUCGAACUCAAACGUUGUUGUGUCUGUGUCAGCAUUCAUCAACUCAUUCCAAAAUCCAAGCGAUAUAUGGAUACAAUACAUUGAUGUGGCGAUGGAUUGCCAUAAAAACUGUAGAGUUGGCAAAUCACGCAAAUCAUCAAUCACAAUGAUCAUGGCUGCCAAUACAUUGAGAGAUCAACUCUCACACGCUGGGACAGUCCCAGUGUUCCAUCUACUCAAGUAUCUGUACUGCAUGCAGACACUUGGUUUCAACUUCAAACGAACCAAACACAUCCUGUUGGAUACGCUCGACCAUCAUGAUGAAGUGUUCAUUGAGCAACGGAGACUCUUCAAGGAGUUCAAGAGAUCCCAGGUGUUAUUGAUUGACUACAACAAGGCACACCCUUGUAGAGGCGCAUCCAUAUCCAUGUCCACUCUCCCAUUGAUCAUAAUCAACAAGAUUGUUCAAGAGUGUAUAAUUGGAUACAUUGAUGACAAGUUGGACCAAGCAUGGUUGGUGUCAUUGUCCACAGUCAACACGCAAUUCCACCGUGUGUGCUCAAUGACCAUCACUCAUCAUUCACUUCCAAUCAAACUCUGCGCGCCACUCUCAUAUUUUGGAUCGAAGUUCUGUCUCUUCACAGACACACCCCCUCGAAUGAAUGCAAUGGAGUUGGUUUACAUCCCAACACAACAUCUUCCACGAUGUCUUGACCGCCUGGUCCAUUUGUCGGUGCCAUUCACAACAAAUCAUUGGAAUUCAGACUAUGAACAUGAACACCGCCCAUCAUUCAUCAUGGUCAAUGCGCCCAAUCUCCAGCGGAUCAGUUUUGUCGAGUGUGUCUUUACACAACGCUACAAUCUCAAACUGAUCAAGUUGCUACUCAAAGAUUCAACUGAUCGCAAGCAAUAUUACAAACUCCGCCAAUACACAUUCAAAACUCUGCUAAAGUCAAUGUACAACAAAUAUGUUUGUGAUGACCGGCCACAUCUCAAACUGAUCGACUAUCACACAAACAUCACUCUCGACCCAUGUCCAGCAACAAUCCACGAGGAACAUGAUUCGCCAAUAUUCCCAAAGGAGAUGUACUUCCUUGAGUUGCCCCUGUUCCUCACCUCUGACUUGUUACCAUUGCCUCCAUUCGAAUGUACAUUGAUUGACAACCUGCUCAUCAAGAUCCCCAACAAGAAAUUGAGUCAAGAUAUUCCAGAAUCCAAAGACAGACUUGGUCUAAUGUAUCAACACAAUCAAUCCAAAUUAUUCAAGUUGACAUUGGAUAUUCCCGAUCUAUACAGGGUGGUCGACAUACUUCCACAUUGUCCAACAACCAUCACAUCAUUAUCAAUCAAACUGAAUGAUUUGAGAUCAGUGAUCAAGAGUCAGAUUAAUGGAUCACUAGCCCAAGACCUAUCUCAAUUGAUCACACACCUGAAUCAACGAUCACUAUUUGGUACCCUGACAUCACUCUCAAUGGUAGUGCACGAUCCCAUCUACAUUGGAAACAGGACCAUCUCGCUCAGCCAUGUCCUGCCAUCUAUAUCAAUGCAAAAAUAA